AAACCACCGGCUCAACAAACGCCUUACAAGUCGUUACCAUGCGUGCUGAUGGUUUAUCGAUCAAUCACUGUCCUCCGUUAGGAAGGUCCUGGCCGUCAGUCGUCAACAAAAUCACACAAGACCACAGACAUUUCCAGUUAACCAUGGAAGAAACACGCUUGCUAAAAGUUGCACUUGAAAUCGUUUUCGAUCGAGCUAUAGAUGAACUUAUUUUGCACGAAACCAUUCGGAAUGGAAGUUCCAGUAGCGAUUUUUCCAGAUGGAGUUGUAUUAUUGAAAAGACUUUAAAGGAUGCCCUGAGUGAGGCUACAGGAAAUGCAAAACUGUCUCUCUCUGCACACACUGCAGAGAUGAAAUUGCUUAAAGAAAUGGAAAUUUCCGAAAAGCAGAAGCAACAAGAGGUUUGCUCGAAAAUCGAAUAUGAGAAAAAAAUCAUAGAUAACCACAAAACAAAGCUCUUUACUACGAGCAAUGUUUUAAACGGAAAUAUCUGUAAAUUGAAGGAUGGGUUAAAUAGACGAGCGGAAUCUGCCUCUAAAAGCUUUGUGCACUGCGAAAACCAGGAAGAAAAUUUUGUCAAAACAUUUAAUGAAAAGUUUCGCACAGAACAGGAAGAUUGGGGAAACAAAAUUGCUGCAUUAGAAAGGGAUAUUGAACAGGAAAACCACCGAAACACUGAAGAAAAAAUGAAACUUUGCAGUGAAAUUGAUAACCUUACGUUGUCUGCAUCGACAAUGCAGAAUGAUUGGCAAACGUUUUCCAAAGCGUUAACGCAAGAAAGAGAUGAACUACUGCGAAUGCAUGGAGAUAUAAGAUCACAAGUAAACGUUAUUUCGGAUGAGCUCGUCAAAAGGCAAACUUUGGUAAAUCAAGACCGACAGGAAAAACAACUAGCAGAGGAGGAGAACCUAGCAUUCGCGAAAUUCUCAAUGGUUGUAAUCAAAAUUCAGUCAUGGUGGAGAGGUGUCCUUGCUCGCCGGGACUAUGCUAGAUACAGAAUGACCUCCAAAAGAAAACCAAAACAGCUUGUACAAAAGCUAGAUACUCAGCACAAAAAAGUCGUUCAUUUGAAAGCGAUUUGAAACAAAUGCAUUAACUGGGCUACAUUCGACGAUAGACUCUCUCUCUCUCUCUUUCUUUUUCCUUACUUUUUUUUGGGCAGAUGUCUAUCGUCGGCUUUGCAAUCAUGGCCCAAAGUUUUUUCCUUUCUUUCUUUCAUAAAAAAAACGAAUCGAGUCUUCGAAAUUUUGUGUUACAAGGUGAGGUGUUAUUUAUUUUUUUUAUUUCGAUUUGAAUUGAUUGGCUUCCUAUACACCAGUAUUGAUAGUGUUUUUCAUGCCCGUUGAUGUGUUACAGUUAACAUUUUUUUUUUUUGUUCCUAUCUUGUUUUUAGUUGUCGUGUUAUACGGGCGUCAGUUUAAUUUAUGUCCCACACGCUACAUGUUAUACGAUCGAUGUUUUGGUGCGAUGGUUAUCGCUACAGCAAGUGGGAAUCCCAAUUUUUUUUAAGGGGAACAGUUGGCCGGGCCGAUCCCGGUCGGGUUAUUUCGUUCGCAGCAACCGAGAUAGACAACAACAAAAGUCAUCCGGCUCUCUCGUCACUUUGCCUGCCGGUCCCCGCACAGAUAAAGUUUAUCUAUUGAGGAACGCUAUUGCUUAUGGCUCCGCUAACAGCCGAUGGUGUUUGUUUUUCUCUCUUUUAUUUCAAAGGACA